GGAGCAUGGUCGAGCCGAUGGUCGAGCCCGAAGCGUCCGAGUGGGACAUGAUUCUGGGCGACGUGCCCGUCUUCCAGGCGCAUCCCGCGGCCUUUGCCGACGUCCGGCGCCUCCUGGCGGCGCAGCCUAGCGAAGAGGCGCAGUACGAGACCGUCCAAGUGCUCAUGGGCCUUCUCGAGCCCGAGUCGGCGCGGGCGAUUGUCGAGGACGCCGACUCCAAGGCGCUGCUCGCCGCGUACUUUAAAGCACUCUCAAAAAGCACGGUCGCCGCGCUUGUGUCGCAGCUGCCGGCGGACGUCCAGGCGCUCCUGCCGCGUCGCAAGUCGACCAAGAAGCUCUCGUCCAAGCACUCGAGCGACAGCAUGAACGACGUCGCACCUGCCUAUGUGCCCCGCGGCCCGCCCAUGGCUGCAGAAGAUCCCAUCCCCGCCUAUGUCCCCCGCGGCCCACCGGUAGCGAUCGCCGAAGUUGCGGCGCCCAUCGUCGACGUCGUCGUCUCGCCGACGCCGCCAGUCGUGCGCCAGCCGUCGGCGACAGUCGCGCUCGAUGUGCGCCCCGAGUGGGAGGUCAUUCUUGGCGAGUGUCGUUUCUUCGAGGCGAAUCCGAGCGUGUUUCGCGACGUCCGCGACGCCAUUGAGUCGCAGCCGGCGUCGGCCCAGUACGAGGUCAUGCACGCUCUCGUGUCGCUGGUCGACGGCUCGUCGGGUGACGAUCCAGACCACGUGAUUGCCGCCGCGCCGAUCGUCAAGAGUCUCAGCAAGUCCAGCCAAGAGUUGCUCGCGACCGGCCUCUCGAGCACGCUCCAGCAGCUCUUGCCGUUUCUCGACAAGGUGCCGCUGGACAUGCUGCCAUCGAUGCUGCCGCCGACACUGCUGCUCAUGGAAGAGAGCGCGCGCGGCCAAAUCUACCCCGAGACCGCCGCCGCUGUCCACGAAAGCUUCUUUACGCUGCCCGAGAAGGUUCGGUCCCAAGUGAUCAACGCGCUGCCGCCAGAGGAGAAGAACAUGGUGCAGACGCUCGUGGAAACCACGGAGGGUCUCUCGACGCGCGAGGUCGCGGUGGUCAUCCAGCAGAUGCAGGCGCCGUCCGCGCCCGGGUCGGCGCCACACUCGUACGACGACCCGGGGUUUCUGAAAGAGCUCGCGCUCAGCGCGUCCAAGGCCCACGGCCGACGUCUCUGCCGGUGGGUGCAGUCGGCGCCGACGAGUCUCCGCGUCCUCUCGUUCGUCAACGGCGUGCUCUUGCUGAGUGCAUCGGCGAUCGCGUUUCUCUUUGAUUUGUUUUCUGGCUACUGGCUCGUCUUCCUCAUCAAUGCGUGGAUCCUCGCCUUCGCCGUCGUGCUUAUCGUGCUGGAGAUCAAGCUCUCAUUCUUUGAGAUGAAAGUGCUGCCGUUCGUCGUGCGUCAAGUGCCCUUGCUCGGGACCGUCUUUGGCCGCGGCGUCUUUAUGGUUUUUGUCGGCUUCCUCGCCAUGAGCCUCGUGCUCCACGCGACGUGGCAAAAUCUCUUGCUCUGCGGUGCCGGCCUGCUCUCAGCGCUCCUCGGCAGCGCGACCAUGCUGCUCAGUGCGCUCGCGUCGCACGAGUUUUUCCUCUUGUGUCGCGCGAUUCCGACCCAAGACGCGUGGGCCAAGGCCUUCAUUAGCGUCGACGUCGACGACUCGGGCGAGCUCGACAUGGACGAGUUCAUGCUCCUCUGCGACCGCCUCGGGUCGCGCAUUGAUGCCGUGUACAUCGAGUCGAUCUUUCGGGACAUUGAUACGGACAAGAGCAACACGCUGUCGCUGCCCGAGCUCCUCAACUGGUGGUCGCGCGCCAAGCUCCACGACGCACCGACGCCGCCGGCCAAGUCGGUCGUCCACGUCCCGUCGUCGGUUUUGAAAAAGGCCAACAUUGGUGUGAGCUGCCUCACGGUCCUCACGGGCGUCCUAAGUAAUGUGGCCGCCAUGCACGACUCGACAAGCUCGUCGGCAUCGCCCAUCUACGUAGUGCUCAACCUCUGGGUGAUCCUCUUUGGUCUGCUCAUGGUCGUGGUCGAGACGCCACUGCACCUCUUUCGCGACGCGCGCAUUUGGAUCACAGACAACAUUGUGCAAUUCCUCGCGUCGAUCUUCGGCCGCGCCGCCUUCUACCUCUUCAUUGGCACGUUUACACUCUCGCUGUACCAAGCCGAUGCGAUGGUGCUACCGCUCGUGACGGGUUCGCUCUUGAUUGUGAUGGCCGGCGUCAACUUGUACGUCGGGUACCAAGCCAAGGUGCCGUUCCGUCAGCUGGCACAGUACGUGCAGCCAAAGGACGUGGAAGCGAUCUUUGCCAUGCACGACCACGACAUGGACGGCAACUGGAGCCUCGUGGAGCUCAAGAGCUUCAUCGAGUCGCUCGGCUUGGACGUCAAGCCGCUCUUUUGGGAGCUCCUCGUCGACAACAUCGACCACGACCACUCGGGCAUGGUGUCGGUGACCGAGUUUGAGAGCUGGGUCGUCCGCCAUCGGGGCGAGACCGCGUCGGUAACGACGCACCACGCCCAUGCCGACGACGUGUACGACGCCGAGCCGAUCGCAGUCUAGUUGUAUUGGGACGUAGUAUCCUAUUACCGUCUUUCUUUCAACGGCCUUGGAGAGUCGUAGUUGAUUUCAUC